AUGUCAUCUUCUAUAUUUUACAAAUUUUUCCACCAAAAGAGCCAAUCAACGAUACACUUUGAUGGGACGAGUAUCAAUGUUUUUGAUCUCAAGCAUGAAAUCAUCAUACAAAAUCAACUCGGUCAGGGCCAGGACUUUUCUCUUAGGCUUUUUCAUCUGGAACAGCCUGAGCUAGAAUACGAGAAUGACCAGGAUAUCAUCCCGAGAUCAACAUUCGUUCUAGCUCGGCGUUCACCUUUAACAAUUCAAGGUGGGAGAUAUCAGAGUGCUGCUCGAUAUGUGUCGGGCAGACCACGCAUUGUGAAACUGAAAGCACCGUUGGUGGCGACUUCGACGGUGUCAUCACAGCCAGAGACAGUUAUUGAUGAAAAUUUAAGUGAAGAGGAUAAGAUAAAGUUAAUGCUUGAGCGCCAAAAUGAUGCUUGGGCGAAAACACAAGAAGAGCUUUCUACACAUAAAGUCGUGCACGGGAAACCUGGUACUGAAGAUCUUCCGCCGCCUGGUUAUGUCUGCUAUAGAUGUGGUGGGAAGGAUCACUGGAUAAAGAAUUGCCCUACCAAUACUGAUCCAACAUUCGAAGGGAAAAAAAUCAAGCGAACUACUGGUAUUCCUCGAAGCUAUGUUAAGAGUCUUUCGAAAGAAGCUGUUGAAUACAGGCUUGCAAACCCCGAGGACAAUGGAAACAGCAUACGAACCAACGAGAAUGGGGACCUUGUGGAUGAGGAAGGUAACACCUACCAAGUGACUGAAGCUGGCGACUAUGUUAUGACACUUGCUGAUUCUAAGACAUGGACGCUUUACCAAGAACGGCAACAAAGUGCUGAGAGUAAAGCAAGGAAAGAAUUUGAGCAAAAUUUGGUAAAUCAAAUACGCCUGGACGAAAGGUUUGAAUUCUUGAACCCAUUACAUGGUUCUUCGAGAGUCCUCUCGCCACCUAUAGUCAUGACGCCAUGCUGUGUGACAAAAGAAUCUCUUAGAAAACUUGAAAACUUCAACUACAAUCAGAAUGAGUUGGAAGAGGCCUUAAUCGAGAGAGAUUUUCACUGCCCGAACUGCAACACAGCCGAAAUUUAUCUCGACAAGCUCUUAAAGAACGAGGAAUUAGAGCUCGACCUCAAGAAAUAUAUUGAAAAUUGUGGUCUUGAAGAUGGUUCUGGAGGUAAACGUAAAUUAGAUACCGCGGCUAUAUCUGAUUUACCUCCUAAGCGAGCUUCAAUAGCAAAAUAG